CAAAAAUACAACGGCAAAAUACUAAAUAUAUAGUAUUACACGCUCUUGUUCGUAUUCUGGGCGAAUCAGAGGUCAAAAAACGAAAAAUUGGUUUUGUUCUUAUCUUCGUAUUCUCGGCGAGCGAAUCAUCCCUCUUCUUCUGUCUUCGAUUUUAAGUUGCUUACAAUUUUCUCAAGAUGCCAGCUACAGCAGGCAGGGUUCGAAUGCCCGCAAACAACAGGGUACACAGUAGUGCUGCCCUUCAAACACACGGUAUUUGGCAGAGUGCUAUAGGGUAUGACCCCUAUGCACCAAAUAAAGAAGAUAACAAAAAGUCUUCUCAGCCUAAAGCUUCUGAUGCUGCUGCUGCUGAACCUGCGGGUGAAAAUGCUUAUGCAAGCUUCCAGGGUUUGCUUGCACUUGCUCGUGUAACUAGCAAUAAUGUAGAUGAGUCUCGUGGAGCAUGUAAGAAGUGUGGACGUGUGGGUCAUCUUACAUUUCAGUGUAGAAAUUUCUUGAGUAUUAAGGAUGAAAGUAAUGAUAAAGACUCCGAGGCAAUUCACGCGGCAGUUAUUUCUGGUCUGGAGAAAAUAAAAGGCAGCGGCAAAAAAUUAUUUGGUAAAACUGGGGUAGAGGAUUCCAAUGAGGAUUCUGACGAUGAGAGCGAGAGUUCGGAUUCUGACUAUGACUCUGAAAUAGAGAGGGCAAUUGCUCAGAGCAAAAAGUUUGGGAAGAAGAUUGUUGAUAAAGUGAAGUCUUCUAGAAAGAAAAAUGAUGAUUCUGAUGAUGACGAAUCUGAUUAUGAAAGGAGAAAGAAUAAGGUUGGAUCAAAGAGGAGCAGCAGUAAAAGGAUUUACCGUGAUUCUGAUGAAGAUGUUAAGGAUAAUCGGAAGAGGAGAGAGAAGAGGAGGAGAGAUGAAUCGUCUGAUGAGGAUGAUGAUAAUCAACGACAACGUAGAAAGAGUAAGAAGGAAAAGAGGAGGAGAGGGCGAAGUCACACGUCUGAUGAUGAUGAUGAUAAUCAACGACAACGUAGAAAGAGUAAGAAGGAAAAGAGGAGAAGGCGAAGUCACAAGCAUUCAGAUGAUUCAGAUGGAUCUGAGGAACACACUAGAAUGCGUAAGCGGAGGAGCAGGAGAGAAAGAUCCGUUUCUAGUCCUGACGUUAGCAGCUCAGAUGAUUCUGAUUUAGGAGGUAGAAUCGGCAAAAAACAAUCUGGGAAGAGGAGCAGGAAGCACAGCCACAAACGAGAUUAGUUAUUCUCCAGGGGUUAUUUACUGCACAAGUUUGAGCUGGAGUGCUGAUGGAAGCACCUUGUUCAGUGGAUACACAGAUGGUGUUGUCAGGGUCUGGGGCAUUGGACGUUACUAGAUGAGCAUAUGUAGUGAGCAGUUACCAGUUUUACUCAAUUAUCUUUAUAAUCAAUCUAGGACGUGUGGACUGAAAGUUGAUCUCUAUCUAGUCUACUUAUUUGUGUUUUCAUCUGUUUUCAGUUUUGGAUAAUUUUAUGGUGUAUGGUUUUUCGACUUUUACAGUACUUUUGUUUUACCCUUAUGAUUUAUACUAUUGGUUGGUUAAGUUUA